GAUUUAUCAUUGAUCAGCGUCACUCUUUAUUCUAGGGAAUAGGAAUGCAUAGUUAAAGGGACUGGUGCACAGCACUAACACAUAUUUAUCGUCAUUCUUUAAAUUUAAAUCCUGAUCAGGAUGGAAAUUGUGAAAUUGUUUUGAGAUCUCGUAUAGUAGUGUAUUACAAAAUAUAUAAUUAUAAAAAGUGCAUGUACACAAAUACAAUUUAUUUUCAAAACAACUAAAAAAUAGAAAAAGAAAAUGGAGACAGAAGAAAAUAACAUGCCGCUAAGUUUACCGGAUACACAAAAUGCUGAUUCUGAAUGUUUUACACAGUCCCAGGAUACUCUAACCACUGAUAGCUCACACCCGCGAGUUUGGGGUAGACUUUGUCCACACGACAGUAAUUUGCAAACAGUGGAAUUAACAAAAGAUGAAUAUACAUUUGGUCGUCUUCAAAGCUGUGAUAUAUCUGUAAAGGGUAAAAUGCCAGUCAGAAAAGAACAAGUUAUAAGUAAAACUCACUUUCGAAUAUAUCGAGAAAAAUCUGUUACUACAAAUGGUUUAGAAGAUGAUGUUGUAUAUCUAAGAGAUGAAAGUCAAAAUGGAACAUUUAUCAAUAAUAUUCUUAUAGGAAAAGGCAAUAGUAUAAUAUUAGUGAAUAAUGAUUUGAUUGCUGUUGCAAAGAAUCAUUUUAAUGUGUUUGUGUACAUGAGUACAAGUGGAUAUGAUGAUUCGUUUUUACCAGAACAAUUGAGAAGUAAAUAUGCUGUUUCAAGAACAAUAGGUGCAGGUGCUUGUGGAGAAGUUAAAUUAUGUUUUUCAAAAAGUGGUUUGGCUGGCAAAAAGUAUGCUAUGAAAAUGAUAUCAAAAUCUAGAAUAAGUGUAACAGGACAUAAAAAUCCUCUUAAUGAUGAAAAACACAUUAUGAAUGAGGUGAAAAUAUGUAAAGAUUUAAAACAUCCUUGUAUCAUAAAAGUAGAAGAAUUUUUUGAGAGUCCCAAAAUGGUUUAUAUAAUAUUAGAACUAAUGGAAGGUGGUGAAUUAUUUGAAAGAAUUAAAAAACAUAAUGGCUUAUCUGAGAAAACUACUAAAUUCAUGUUUUACCAAGUAGUGUUAGCUGUAAAUUAUCUUCAUGAAAAUGGAAUUACACAUAGAGAUUUAAAGCCAGAAAAUAUUUUGUUAGCUAGUGACGAAGAUGAAACUAUUGUAAAAGUUUCUGAUUUUGGUUUAUCAAAAUUAGUCGAUUCACAAAAUAUGAUGAAAACUUUUUGUGGAACUCCGAUGUAUGUUGCACCUGAAAUUUUAUUAACUGGUGGUAGAGGAUCAUAUACUAGUCAGGUUGAUGUUUGGAGUCUGGGAGUUAUUUUAUAUUGCUGUUUGAGUGGUUUAACACCAUUUAAGAUUCAUGAUAAAACUAUUACAUUAUAUGAUCAAAUAAUAAAAGGAUUGUAUAGCUUCAAUGUCUCAAAAUUUUUUGAUAUUUCAUUCAAUGCAAAAGAUCUAAUAAAAAAAAUGAUGACUGUGGAUCCAUUAAAACGAAUUACGAUUAAAAAAGUUCUUGGACAUCCAUGGUUUAAUGAUAGAGAAAUGCUUAAUAAAGUAAAUAAUUUAUUAGAUUUUAGAGAUAAUGAAAAUAUUUUACCAAGAAGACUAAUGAAUGAUAAUAUUCCAACCAAUUCUACCAAAUACAAACGUGCACGACUGGAGUAAUAAAUUUUUAACUUUGUGACAUAUAUAGAUUCACAUAAAUUUGAA